AUGAAUAAGAUUGUAAAUUUACAUUAAACUCAACUAAACUUUAUAUUUUAGCCUGCUUCAAGUUGCCCUCAAACUCUCUAUAAUUGGAAAUAAGUUAAUUAUCCAGAGGAAAUGAUAUCAUCAGAUCUCAUUGAUUAAAUGGUGAUAUUUGAGAAUAUCGAGAGAUUAUUCAAAAAUAAGUUUGGUAUUCCAUCUUCUAUUGGCAUAUCAAAAUCUUCCAUAGCAUCUUCAGCUGAAAGAUCUGCUGAUGUCUUAAUUUGCUUAGAAUUCAGAAUUAUCAAAGAUCCUUAGGAUUAAUUUGCACCUAUUCGUGAAAUAAACAGUCAUUUUCAGAAUAAUGAGUUCUACUUUGAGCUUGGAGGCUAUAUUCAUGGAAAGCAAGCGCUUAGUGAAAAACUAAGAAUGAAAAUAAGUGGAAGACAGAUCAUUAAAAGCAUUGAGUCAAGAAUUAAGGAGUUUCAGGAUUUACAGUACUAAGUGGGAUGGACUCAUGAGGCUAAAAAGAAUAGCUCAACUACUUAUUUUGUUCCUUUAAUUGAUGAUAGGCAAAGAAUAAUUAUUGAAUUUUAUUCCCCUAAACUAAGUAAAUUGCAGGAUUUUAAUCCUCAAUUCAGUAAACUUUUAUUUUGCAAUGGAUAGAUAAAAAGAAUUUUUAUCUAACUUUCAAUCAAUUUAUUCAAUGAGAUCAUGCAAAUUAAGACAGAUAACAUGAUUGGCUUAUAAUAUAUUCAAUAAGAUCUUCUUAAACAGAGAAAAGCAGAAAGAGAUAGGCUUAAGAAGAAAAGAAACAUUCUUCUAAGAGAACUAGGAUAGUAAUCAUUUUAACUUCCAAAAGAAAGAGUAUCACAUCUUAUUCUUUAAGAAAUCAAGUCAUUGAAUCAAAAGUAACUUAACAAUGUUGAAAAUAUUGAAAAUCCAGAGAUAAGGGAUAAUGAUGAAGAAAUGAACAUUAUUGGAAAAUUUCUUUAUAGAUGUGAAGAAUUCAUACAGAUUGAUGAAGAUACUAGAAUAAUAGAUUUGAUGAGAGUUCUUAAUGAUUUAGCUGCUUUGGGAAUCAGAUUUAUUGACAAAGAUUUUAUUGAUGAAAACUCGGACAUACAUGUAUUUAGCCCAAUGAUAUCAAUAAUUUCAUUUGAGUUCAAAGAGAUAAAAGAAAAGAUCAGAAUUGAGAUCCCAUUUUCGUCUAUCUACAGUCAAUCCCUGCCAUUUGACUAUAUCUUAGAAGUCUUACCCUAAGGGACUUGGUACAUCAAAUUGAUUCAAUUGGAUCUUGCUACUAGCUUUAUUGGAUUGAACUGGGUAUACAAAUUGAACCUAAAAUCCAAAAUUUAGCCUAUUAAACUUCCUAGCAUUUUAAUAUACUACAAAUUCGCAUCUCAUUACUCCUAAAUAGUGAAAGCUGAAUAAGAAUAAAACACAAUAAACUGCUAAAGUCCAAUUAAAUUAAAACUUAGAACAAUUGGAUUACAAGCUAAUUCUCAAAAGCUUAUAUUAGAGUGGCUAAAGAGUGGAGAUAAUAAUAUUCAUAAGAUUGAUUAAGUAAUGCAACGCUACUAUGAAAUAAACUCAUUGCUCAGAGAAUUCAUUGAUUUGGAUAAGGAGAUCCAGAGCAAGAGAAAUUUCAAAAGAUCACUCCUAGAUAAAGAACUUACUGGUGAAGUAUUUCAUCAGGAUUUCCAUGAUUAUCAAAACGAUUUCUUUGAGUAAUGA